AUGAUUUAGAGCAGAUUAAAGAUAUCCACUCUAAAUGGAGGAAUAUGGACACUAAAUAAUCACAAAUAAGCCAAAUUAGACAAUUAUAAUUAACAUUUACUGAGUAGAGAAAUUUGGACUUUCAACUUCCUGACGUUUUUAUAACUACCAGACAAAUAAAUUCAAAACCACAAAGUAAAUUUUAAGUUGAUAACGAGAGAUUAAGAAAAUGAAGAAAAUAACAUCAUUCAGUUUUAACCAAAAUAUGUAGACUAAUGUUUAAUCCAAGUAAUAAAGAAACUAGGAAUUGACUACUCUUUAAGCCAAAUACUAUCAAUUUAAGUAAUUAUAAGCAACUAUGUAAGGAAUCUCUCUUGUUCUGUAAGAACUACACCUCAAUAGGAUACUCUCAAUAAAAGUAUAUCUAUUCCUAAAAAUGAGAAUCUCUAUGAAAUAGAUGGUACUAAGUUUCCCUAUGGGUUAUACUCAAUGCACAAAAAAAGAAGGGAUUGCAUUGAUGAUGUGUUUCACAAUUCGAAAUCCCAAAGAUCUAAGAAUACUUUUUCGAAUUAUGUAGAUUCAAGAAUUAGUUAGUCUGACUAAACACAGAAAGAGAAUAAACAAAAAGAAUAUACAAGUCGGUCCUUUUUAGAUAAUGCUUAUUUUUCAAUUAUUUGUGCUAAAAACAAUUGCAAACAUCGUAUCAAAAUUAAGAUUCGAGAUUCUCUUCCAAAAGAUUCCAGAUUUUAGUAAAGUUGA